AAGGAGGAAUUGCUUUGUCCCAUCUGUUACGAGCCUUUCCGAGCAGCCGUGACUCUUUGCUGCGGCCAUAAUUUCUGCAAAGAUUGCGUGAGCCGCUCCUGGGAACACCGGCACCACGUCUGCCCCGUCUGCAAAGAAUCCUCUUCCUUCGACGACCUCCGCGUCAACCAUACCCUCAACAACCUGGUGGAGAUGAUCCUUAAGGAAGAAGGACAACGACGGGGCCGGACGGCCACCCUCUGUCCCUUCCAUCACGAAGAAGCCAAACUUUUCUGCCUGGAUGACAAGGAGUUGGCAUGUUUCGCCUGCCAGAGCUCCAAGCAACACGAUGGGCACAAAAUGCGGCCGGUGCAGGAGACGGCGGCGGAUUUUAGGGCCAAGCUGAAGAACAUGGAGACCUCCCUGCAGGAGAAGGUAAAGGAUUUCGGGGCUGUGCACGCCUCCUACGAGUCCAUCUCCAAACACAACAAGGCGGAAGCAGCGCGGCUGGAGGAGCAGAUCCAUCGGGAAUUUGAGAAGCUGCACGAGUUCCUGCGGGAUGAGGAGCAGGAGCUGCUGGCGCGGCUGCAGGAGGAGAUGCGGCGCAAGCACGGCCUCAUUGAGGCCAAGAUGAAGCAGCUGGCGGAGGAGAGCCGAGCCCUGCUCGCAGAAGCCCGCCAGCUCCAGGCUGACCUCAAGGAGGAUGACUACACCUUCCUCAUGACCCACAAGAACCGCAAGCGCAGGAUCGCCUGCACAGCUGAGGAGCCGGAGCCCGUCCCCUCGGGGCUCAUCCUCGAUGUCGCCAAGUACUUGGGCUCGCUGCAGUACAAUGUCUGGAAGAAGAUGCUGGACAUCAUCACCGUCGUCCCCUUCAGCUUCGACCCCAACUCAGCGGCGGGCUGGCUCUCGGUGUCCGAGGACCUGUCCAGCGUCACCAACCGGGGUUACAAGCUGUUGGUGGAGAACCCCGAGCGCUUCACCUCGGCUCCUGGCCGCCACUGGACCUUCCACCACGAUGCUCGCUCGGGUUUCUGGUUUAUCUACCGCCUGCCCGGGAAGGAUGGCGAAACGUGCCGAGCAUCCAACACGGCGCGUUCGGAGGCCACGACGGAUGUGCUGAGACGGAUCCGGGUGGAGCUGGACUGCGACGAAGGCGAGCUCUCCUUUUACGACGCCGACCGCAAGAGCCAC